AUGAUCAAACAACGAGCCCGCCCGGCCUCUAAGUGCUUGAGCAGAGCUAGUAGUAAAUGUAAAAGCAUCCCUAUGCAUAUGCUAACGCUUCCUACCCUUUCUGCUGAUUCUGUCUAUCUCUGUUUGUAUUUCGUAAUCGUAAGCGUAAUUGUAGUCGUAUCUUUCACAUGUGACGCCUCUAGAGCUAGUUUUUAUUUUCUGUGGUACCCCCUUGACCUUGAGACUCAUCUUGCACUUGUGUUUGUACUCGUAGAUGUAGACGUCCGUGUCAUGAUUUACGUACUUCCAAGAAAGUAUAAGUGCAUGCAUAUUCGAAAAGAAUGAAGCACGUGCGCAAGUGGUGCUACUACUAUUAGUAGUCUAUAAAAGUAAUUCAAACUAUAAGUAUAAGAAGAACUACUUCCCCUGUUUGUUUCCCUUUCUGUUAGCUCUCUGCUGGAAGUAGAGAGAAGGCGAGGCGCCUGUAGCAACUAAAGUCAAGCUUGAACUUAUCGCGUCCUCCUGGUGAAAAGCAAAAGGCGCGAGUAAUUUUGUUUGUGUUGUCUGAGUCUAUAAAGGUAUCUGAUCAAGUUAAGUGUUUGCGAAUGAGAAUGUGCUUGCAUGUGGCUGUGGGUCCCACUAUGAGGCUGAAGAUCAACGACCACGAACUCUACUCAAAAUUUGAAUUGCUGAACUUGUAUCGAUCCAAGAGUAUCAAUAUCUUGAAGCGAUUCCCUUUCCCUUGUUGAGCUGAAUCUGACUGAGAUGCAUAUGAAUAAACUUGUGAAGAUCUUGCUGCUGGUGCAGCUGCAGACCCAGAUCCCCUUCUUCAAAAUAAGAAUGAGAUGCACUGAAUCAAGCGUAGUGCUAAACUUGGAGUUGAGUAAAUUCAUUAUCAUUUUGAUUGCGAUCAACAAAUACACAACGACAAUCACAGCUGGCUUCUGCUCUAGUUGUGCCUACUUCUACAUCUGCCACUGCUUCAGUAAGUGUAAGUAGAAGCUAAAAAAAGAGCUACAAGGCAUUCCACACCAUGCGAGUGCAGUUUAAUCAUAGAAGCUACACAGCUUUGGGAAUGGGGUGGGACCUUGAGUUUGAAGCUGUAGAGCUAGAACGUUAGCGUGAGUGCAUUUCUUCAAUUCUUGGACGUAGUUGUAGAUGGGAAGCAAUGUGGCCACAAGAAUCCUGUAGGGCCGAUUCAGUUAUGAAUUCUCACCAGCACGUCGGAUCUCUUGUUGCUUCACUCAGUUUUAGAGCCAUACCGACCGAAGCUCGAGAGAGAUGAGAGGACGAAUCGGUCUAGUUUUUUUGCUUUGUUCGGUUGUGUUCUAUUGGCAGGGACCUUUGUCCCACAUCGUUUUUUUUUCUCUUGUUGUUUUUUGGUGCUUCUGUGAUCAGAU